AGUUCCUCAUCUGGACUCACUGGGAGAAGUGAUUCACUAGAAUUCUCAUUGGAAGAAAUGACAGGAAAGCUCCCUCCAAUAUCUCAAUUUCCACCCCACUCAGUACCUGGUUUUAUGAUUCCACACCCUCCUAAUCCAUCCUGCCCUCCUAAUACAUCCCACUCUCGUAAGCCAUCCCACUCUUGUGCCCGUGAAUCCCUCCCUCUUCUUCCGUCUGCCAAGCCCCUUCCUCCUCUCCAGAAGUACGUGGAUUUUUCAGUUUUCUGCCCUAACUGUUAUCCCACUGUGGCUCAUACCUGCCCUCCCCACUACCCUACCCUAAUACUCUACCUGCCCUGCUCUUCUGCUAUUCAUUACAAACCAUCCAUUUGUCAAUGCUCUGGUCCCAGAACUCUUUCUAGUAACUCCCUUAUCGAUCACCCAAGCCCUCCUUCUAGCCCUACUGGUCAACGCUUGGGUCCCAGAACUCUUCCCUGUGAUUCCCUUAUCCGUUCCCCUGUUCCUCCUCCUAGCCCUCCUUGCCAACGCUCUGGUCCCAGAACUCUUUUCUGUGACUCCCCUGUCUGUCCCCCUACUCCUCCUCCCAGCCCUACUUGCAAAUGCUGUCGUCCCAGAGCUGUUUCCUGGGACUCCUCUACCUAUGCCUCUACCCCUCCUCCUUAGCCCUACUUCUUUCUAGUACCCUGUACUCUAGUCCCCAGCCCCCAGCCCUGCCAUCCCCAACCAGACCUGAUGGUUCACAAGUCUCAUCUUGGAGAUGGUUUCCCUGCUCCCAGGGAAGUUCUGGAACAGUUCAGGAUGGCCAGGACUGUGGAUUCCCAGCUGUCUGACCUGGUGGACAAAGGAAAUGCAAGACGAUGGCAAACCAGCAUUCAGCCUCAUCUGCUCCUUUCCUCCCCUGCCUCAUCAGUCAGCCUGCAUGAGCCUCUGCAUUUGUUCCUGGCUUCUCCAUUGAACUCAGUCUACAGCCACAAAGCAAACCACAGGGCCAGUGACAGAGAAGGCAGAGGGGAGUGUGGAGUGGGAAGCACCUAACCUGUUCUCAAGGAGGGGAAUGAUUGGCCAAAAUGAGCUUCAAUCAUAUGUCUACUACCUCCUGGCCUGCCACUUGGCUGUGAGUCCUUUCUGGGCGGUGUCCAGGGGUGGUUCCAGUGACCAGGCAGGUGCUGAGAAGCACAGGCAGCAGGAUGAGGGGACACUUGCCAGGAGACAGCAUGGGAUGCCAUUGCCUAGAGUUGGCAGAAGGACCAGGAGCAGGCAGGCAGCGAGAGGGCACCCAGAGUGCUCCUGAUCGGACCAAGCUGCAUGGAGGCCACAGUGGAACACCUGAGGGAAAAGGUGACCCCAGAUGAGGUCCAUCGGAACCAGAUAUUGUGGGAACUGUCAAACCAGACCAAGAAGUAUGGAGGCCACAGAGGGACACUCCAGGGAGGUGACCCUGGAUGAGGUUCAUCAGAACUAGAUCUUGUGAGAACUGCCUGACCAGACCAAGCAGCACAGAGGCCACGGUGAGACACCUGAGGGAGAAGGCGAACCCAGAUAAGGCUCAUCGGGUUCAGAUCUUGUGAGAACUGCAGAAGGCGACCACAGAUGAGGCUCAUCAGAACUAGAUCUUGUGAGAACUGCCUGAGCAGACCAAGCAGCACAGAGGCCACAGUGAGACACAUGAGGGAGAAGGUGAACCCAGAUGAGGCUCAUCAGGAACAGAUCUUGUGGGAACCAGAGAGGACAACCCCGGAUGAGGUCCAUCAGAACCAGAUCUUGUGGGAACUGCACUUCAAAGUGCUACAGACCCACAAACACUACAUGCAGCAUCACAUGAAUGCCCUCUGCAAGGGUGAGGGGCCUGGCAGGAUGGAGAAAAUACCAGAGAGGAGGGAUGCGCCCUGAAAAAAAGGAGAGCCCUGGGGACUGCGGAAGGUGGGGUGUGCGGCUCAUUAAAAGAGAAGAUACCUUCUCACACCCUACCUCCUUUUAUAGACUUUAGGAGCAAUGUCUUUGGAGGGGGCCUCACCUACAUCACAUCAGAUGCAUUAAAUAUAUUAAAAAGCAUUCACAUCUCAUGAGACAUUUUCACUGUAGAAAUGAGAGGUUGAGUAGCAUUUUCUAAUUUUGCUUUUGAAAUAUAACUGUAUUUU